AUGGAGGAGGUAGAGGCAAAUGUGAAAGCUCUUAGAGAAGAGCAGAAGGCUACAUUGGACAGGAUUGGAGCUGAAUGCGGGGAGCAGUUGGCGGGAUUGAGGGGAUGGGAUGCUGACCAAGGUUUGCCGAGCCUAAUGGCCGGGCUGUCCAGUCCAGAUAGCUUUGCAUCUGCUUUGGAUGCCCUGAGAGUUCUGUUCUUGGUGAAUGACAUCAAAGGUUAUGGCGCCUUCUUUCUUUGA